AUGCAAACGCAUAAGCUGUGGGAAUAAGUAACAAUAGUGAGGAAAUUAAAAGAAUAAAGCUAUUUUAUUUAAAAAUUUAGUAGAAAGAAAUUUGCUUUCCCCGUUCAGAUUUUCAUUAAGAAAAAUCAAAAAAUUAGUUUCUUAUUUUCUGUGCAAAAAGUUCUUUAUCACAAAGAAAAUGUCAACACCUGCAAGACGAAGAUUAAUGCGAGAUUUUAAAAGACUUCAAGAAGACCCCCCAACUGGAGUUUCUGGAGCUCCGACUGAUAAUAACAUUAUGAUAUGGAAUGCUGUGAUUUUUGGACCGCACGAUACACCAUUUGAGGAUGGAACUUUUAAAUUGACGAUAGAGUUUACGGAAGAAUAUCCUAACAAACCGCCAACAGUUCGAUUUGUUUCUAAAAUGUUUCAUCCAAAUGUCUACGCAGACGGGGGAAUAUGCUUGGAUAUAUUACAGAAUCGAUGGAGUCCAACGUAUGACGUAUCUGCCAUAUUAACUUCUAUUCAGUCACUUUUAAGUGAUCCGAAUCCAAACAGUCCAGCAAACGCCAUGGCUGCUCAAUUAUAUAAAGAGAAUCGUCGAGAAUAUGAGAAACGUGUUAAAGCAUGUGUGGAACAAAGUUUCAUUGAUUAGUUUGAUGAAUCCUUAAUAAUGAUUUAAAAUCAAAAUACUAUUUUCCUCAAGAUCUAUGGUCGUUCCUCUUACACAUAAUGUAAAAAACGUAGUAAAAAAUAAGAAAACAAACGAGAUGAAAAUAAUAUUUAAUUUUAUUUAUUGUGUUGCCACUUUUAAACAUAACUUUUUGUAUGAUUGAUUUUAGUUGUCGGGUAUUUAAAGAAAAAGAAAUAAGUAAUGCAUAGUUUGAUCAAGCGUAUAAAGUUUUUUUUUGUCACACAGCCACUAAAAAAUCCAUUCAUAAAGGGAAAUGAAAUAAAUAAAUUGAGGAAUAAAAUUGAAGCUAUUUAGCUUUAAAAAAUCGAAGAAAACAAAUACAAUACGAUUAGCAGAAAUAUGAAAGUGGAAGUAAUAAAAUUUUUACUCAAAUAAGUCUUACAAAACAUUAAUGUCAUUCGAAUUAUUGGAAGUGGUACAUAGUUUAAUAAUUUGUAGCAAAAAAAAUGAUGUUAAAUUCAAAAAAAAGAAAUAUUUUAACCAGUCCUAUUUUUCUUUUUCAUCCUGCUUCAUACAUGCAAGUUUAUUAACAAAG